ACAUGCUUCAAUGGAGUCCACUCUUCUCAUCAUCCUUCUCUCUGCUCUUUCACUUGUUUCCUCACAAUCACAAUAUGUGCCAGACCACUACUUCGUUAACUGUGGAUCUAACUCUGAUACCGAUUUCACCCGAAAAACAUUCACCGGAGAUGAAAACCCCACCACCUUCUCACUUUCCGGUGGCCACAAGGCCGUAAACAACAAUCCGACGUCAGAAAUCUACCGAACAGCAAGAGUUUUCACUAAGAAGUCAUGGUAUGAACUCGAAGCGGAUGGAAACAACACUUUUGUGAUGGUAAACCUUCAUUUUUCACCCUUUGUUUAUAAUGGAAUUGAAUUAUCUACUUCCAAAUUCGAUGUUUCAGUUUCUGGGUACACUUUGUUAUCUGAUUUUAAUGUCGGAAACUCGACUGUGAUCAAAGAGUUCAUAAUCCCAAUUGGAUUAGAACGAAAGUUUAGAAUUCAAUUCACACCCUCCAGUGGUUCAUCCCCUGCUUUUGUUAAUGCGAUUGAAGCUUUCACAACACCACCUCAAUUGUUCAAGCAUGGCGUCCCUACACCUCAUAUAUCACCCUUGGGGAAAACUGGUGAUAUGGAUAACAUAUCUUCAUCUUAUGCUUUCAUCCCAGUUUAUAGGAUUAACGUUGGUGGUCAGAGCAUUGAUGUAAACCAUGAUACUUUAAGAAGAAACUGGAUAUCAGAUGAUCCCUUCAUCAAUAAUAUUGACGCAGUGGAGAACACACCACCCUCAGGCACAAUCAAUUAUGGCCAAGGUUGGGCUACCAGAUAUGAUGCUCCUGAUGCUGUUUACAACACAGCCCAACAAUUGAAACCGAAUUCGUCGGUCAAUAUAACAUGGAAUUUUAGAGUUAAUAAGAACGCCAUGUACCUUGUUCGGGCCCAUUUCUGUGACAUUGUAAGCCAAGCCUUCAUGAGUUCUGAUGAUGCCUUCAAUUUCUUCAUUUACAGAAAUUAUAAGGAGGUGAUUAAUCCGGGUGAUAAGGUACGCGCGCCGCAAGAACAUUUAUACAACACAAAUAAAGGCUUGUGGUGGAUUCCGUUGAGUCUGGAUUUGUGAAUGUUAGUAUCGGAGCAAUUCCCG